AGAUUGUUCGUAAUUGAUUUCAUUGUUAACAUAUAGAAACUUUUAACACGUUGCAGUUUGGUUUUUUCGAUUUAGUUUUUUGGGAAUUAAAAGAGCUUGAAAUGAAGGAUUCAUUAUCAAUCAUUAAAUCCGAAAGUUACUUAUCGAGAGUAUCAAUAUCUUUGUCAACCAAAGAUAAAAUACAGCAAAAAAGAAAUACAUUUUGCAGAUAUUUACCACAAUGUUUAGCUGUAUUAUCAGCCUCAUUAGCCUUCUUCAGCCGUGGCUUACAUCAAGGAUGGACGUCGCCUGCAUUGCCUAAGCUAUUAACAAAUGGCACUGAAACAAAUUCAUAUUUUCAAAUUACUACCGAAGAAGGAUCUUGGAUUGUUACCUUAUACUCAGGGAGUAUAUCCAUUGGAGCUCCGGUUGCAGCGUUUUUAAUCUUUACUGUCGGUCGAAAAACAACAAUUUUAUUUUCAGCAGUACCACAUCUCAUGUCACUUCUACUAAUUGCCUUUGCUGGAUCAGUGGAAUACUUAUAUGUAGCACGAGUUUUAGCUGGUUUUUCUGAGGGAGUUGCAAAUAUUGCAGUGCCUGCGUACGUGGGUGAAAUUGCAGAUUCUAAUAUUCGUGGUGUUUUAUCAUGCGUAUACACAGUAUUGUCAAUAAGUGGAUUACUUUUGAUAAACAUUAUUGGAUCUUAUACAACAAUAUUCCAAACUUCCAUGAUUUGCUCAGUAUUUCCAAUAUUAUUAAUUCUUACGUUCUUUUGGAUGCCAGAAUCACCGUACUUCCAUUUAAUGCAAAAUAAUUCGAAAUCAGCUGAAAAAUGCUUACAGCAAUUACGAGGAACGAAAAAUGUUAAAACUGAAUUGGUAGAAAUAACUCACGCUGUCGAGAAACAAAUGUUGAAUGCUGGAACAUUUACUGAUUUAUUUACAAUUCGUAGCAAUCGUCGAGCUCUGCAAUUAGCUAUCGCACUAGAAACAAUUCAACAACUCAGUGGGAUUACAGCAAUUCUAUCUUAUGCCCAAAUUAUUUUCAUUGAAUCUGGCCAGAAAAUGUCGUCAGAAAUGUCAUCAAUUAUUUUAAUGUCCGUUCAAUUGGUCAUGUCAAUGAUUGGAGCAAGUGUUGUAGAUCGUCUAGGUCGUAGACCAUUAUUAAUGUUUUCAUGUUUUGGAUGUUUCUUAGCAUUAUUUUUCGAAGGAUUAUAUUUCUAUUUCCAAUACAUCGAAUAUCAGUAUAUAGAUAAUUUAUUUUGGCUUCCACUAGUAGCCUUAAUUUCUUACUUUAUUGUAUAUAGUGCCGGUUUAGCAAUAAUUUUGAAUGUUUAUGCUGGAGAAAUAUUCUCAACAUCUGUUAAAGGUAAAGCCUUGGGUUUAGUAAUGAUUUGGUAUGGGAUAUUAGCUUUUUUUGCGUCAAAAUUAUUUCAAAAAUUAGUUGAUGAUAUUGGUAUGUUUGUACCAUUUUGGAUGUAUGCCUUUUCCUGUUUAUUAGGAUUAAUAUAUGCAUAUCUUUGGGUGCCCGAAACGAAAGGAAAAACAUUGGAAGAAAUUCAAGAUUGGUUAGAAAAUAAUUAAGCGUUGGUUAAUUGAUAAUUAACCAACCGAUUUUGAUAUUGGAACAUAUUCUAUUUAACAAAAAUCGUUUGCCAUCGAAUUCCAAGGAUUAUAGUAGAAAUCAAAAUCCUAAGAUUUUUCCUAGAGACAGAAAGCACAUUUUACAGUGAAAUGAUCACAAUUUCGAAAUUUCAAAACUUAAACCUGUACCUACACAAAAGUAAUUUUUCUAAAAUUAAGCUCAGAAAAGGCCUCUCAUUUUUUAAGAUUCUUUAGCUAAAUAGUAACAACAGUGGUUCAUUAUUUAUGUAAGAAGAAAACACGGUUAUAUCAUAAUCAAAGAAAUUAUCGAAUAAAUAUGAUAAACUUGUAAAGGUUUCGUUUUUGCCAUUUUCAAACUAGAAUUAAAAAAAAAAGACGCCCGCAUCUUUUUUCUUAAUAAUUUUGAGGCGGUUGCUUUUGUGCAAUAGACCUAAAGUUGCGAAAAAUGAGUUUUCUCUACCAUGUGAAAUACGAAAAACUGUGAAGGUUUUCGUUUCAAAUAGCUUUUAGGAGUUUUUGGCUUUAUCAAUUUGGAGGACAACAAAAAUAUUAAUGUUUAAUACAUUCAGUCUGUGGCGAAAUUCAGUAUAGGGCCAGUUUUUAGGAUUUAUUUAUUUUUAGUUUUUCAUUUUAUACAUGAACUAAAUAAAACUUGUUUUAGUCUACCCUGAAACUUAUCAGUAUUUUUGUUAAAUUUUAUUUUUAGGUGAAAAUAUAUCAAUUUUUAAGUAGU